CAUUCACCGCCUUCACCUCGCUCAGUUGGGUUUUAGUUGGGAAUUAUUCCUUCGGACUAGUGACGACCACGCCAUUCCUUCGGGCUGUCUGGCUGGCUUGGCUGAGCCAGGGGAUUUCAGGCUCCGCCCAUUCAUCCAGCACAGCCACAUAACCACCCCCCUUCACCCCUCAGGACCAGUAUGGCCGAUAGCGGGCCCGCCCCGGCCCCGCCUCGGCUCCGUCGGUCCCAGAAAGUCGGUUACGCCCUGGGUCAUGUCCUCAACGAUCUGUGCUCGUCCAUGUGGUUCACGUACCUUUUGUUGUAUUUCCACAAAGUCAUUCGCUUCGACAACUUCUACUCGGGCGUGGUCCUCUUCACGGGUCAGAUGGCCGAUGGACUAGCCACGCCCUUCGUGGGCUACUUUUCCGACCAGGGCGACGACCUGACUCUGUGUCACAAGUACGGCAAACGCAAGUCCUGGCAUUUGGUGGGGACCCUCUCCGUCCUGGCCAGUUUCCCCUUCAUCUUCCUGCGGUGCAUCGGAUGUCAAACUGCGGAUGACGAGGCCCAACUGGUCUAUUAUGCGGCUUUCGUCAUCAUCUUCCAAUUUGGGUGGGCCGCCACCCAAAUCUCCCAUCUGAGUCUCAUUCCGGAUUUGACCGAUUGUCAGAACGAACGCACCGGCUUGACGGCUUACCGCUACGGCGCCACGGUUCUGUCCAGUAUCUCGAUCUACCUCAUCACGUGGCUGUUCUUGGGGACGGCGGGCGGGGAUGAUAUGAUCGGGCCCGAGGACGACGUCCAAUUCCGGAACAUCAUGCUGUGUGCCGUCGGUUUGGGCGCAGCAGCCUCGGCUUUGUUUCAUUACCUGGUGCAAGAGGACCCGCAUCAGGAGAACCGCCUCAACGGCUCGGUCCGACCCGAUGGGACCUUCCAUCGCCGGAUGCUGGUCUUGGAUUGGUUCAAGGAGCCCACCUUCUAUCUGGUGGGCCUGGUGUACUUGUCCACCCGCUUGUUUGUCAACCUGACUCAGGCGUAUAUUCCGCUGUACCUACAAGUGACCCUCCAGUUGCCCUCGACCUUUGUGGCCGUGAUUCCGUUGGUCAUGUAUGUGAGUGGCUUGGCCACGUCCAUCGCCAUGAAAUGGGUCAAUCGUGUGGUCGGUCGGAAGCUGACCUUCAUCCUGGGCUGCUUGAUCGGAGUGAUAGGAUGCAUUUGGAUCAAAGUGGGCUGCCAGAUGAACACUAACGGAGUGGGCAUAGAGAUCUACGGCGUAGCCGUGGUGGUGGGCGUCGGCGGCUCGACCAUGCUCAUCACGAGCUUGUCGUCCACAGCCGAUCUGAUCGGGAUCAACAACGACUCCGGGGCCUUUGUCUACGGGGCCAUGAGUCUCUUGGACAAGAUCUCGAAUGGCGUGGCCGUCAUAGUGAUCCAGCAAUUCAUUCCCAGCAACACGGACACGUGCAUUCUGUGUCGUGAGUACUUUCGUGAUAUUCUUUUCUUCGUGUGCGGAGGUGCGGCUCUCUUGGGCGCCCUGUCCAUGGCCGGGUUAUACCCGUUCACCCUGGGACAACGUGCCCGGGAUUUGAGAGCCCGAGCCUACGAGAGUCUGCCCGGGAAUUCGUAUCCGGAAAUUGGAGCAUCUAGUGAGGAGCGUGAGCCCAUCCUGUCGUGAACAUGUUGAUAUCUGUCUAUCUUGAUACAGUUUUGUCGAGAUUUCAUUAUUCACUUUUUUACCCCACCCGUUAUUCAAAUGAGAUGAUAAUGAAGUAUUCUGUCCUUGACGCUAUCCAAGUCAAAAUUGUCCCACCCGUUGUCACAAAGCUACCUUCAAUGUCAUACUUUACCGAGAUCAUCAUUGAGCCUCGCGAUAUUCUCGAAUCUACGAAAUAGCAAACAGCUUUCGAAAGCAAUGCUGAACAAUAAUAGUCUUGUUGAUCUGACCGAAACAAUAAACAACAAACAGCAGUAUAACAAUGUA